CGAGCAGUCGGAUGCACGAGUUUCUCUUGUGUGCACUGUGAUGUGUGUGUGUCGAUAAGAGGUGUAUCCGACCGAUGCAACGGGAGGCCGUACCAGAUUCCGCGCGAGCAAUUGGCUGCUCGUGAACUUUGUUUAUCCGCGCACCCCGGUCGCGCACGCCACGCACUCAGGAUGUCUCGCGGUCUUCGGAAUAACCGGUAGAUUAGCGAGAUCAUCCACACACGCAGUCUGCAGUGUGCAGUGCGCAGGUCAGGAUAGAGCGCGUCGCGUGCAACCACACAGUCCGUGAGAGAGAGAAAUUAACGGUAACCGGAGAGAUGACGGAGAAACGGAUGUCGCGCUGGUACUUCGGUGGGAUCGCGUCGUGCGGAGCCGCCUGCUGCACGCACCCGCUGGACCUGGUCAAGGUGCACCUGCAGACGCAGCAGGAGGUGAAGAUGAGGAUGCUGGGCAUGGCGAUGCAUGUGGUGAAGAACGACGGUGUGCUGGCGCUCUACAACGGCCUCAGCGCCUCGCUCUGCAGACAGAUGUCGUAUUCUCUCACCAGGUUUGCCAUCUAUGAGACGGUCAGAGACGUGAUGGGCAGCGGUGCUCAGGGACCCAUGCCCUUCUAUCAGAAAGUGCUGCUGGGCGCCUUCGGAGGCUUCACCGGCGGUUUCAUCGGGACUCCGGCAGAUUUGGUUAACGUUCGGAUGCAGAACGAUAUGAAGCUUCCUGCAGAUCAGAGGAGAAACUAUAAACACGCGCUGGACGGACUCUUCCGGGUCUGGAGGGAAGAGGGCACCAGGAAGCUGUUCUCAGGAGCCACUAUGGCGUCCAGCAGAGGAGCCCUGGUCACUGUCGGACAGCUGGCGUGUUAUGAUCAGGCCAAGCAGCUGGUGUUGGGCACAGGACUCAUGGGAGACAAUAUACUCACACACUUCCUGUCCAGCUUCAUCGCUGGAGGUUGUGCGACGUUCCUCUGCCAGCCGCUGGAUGUAAUAAAGACGAGAUUGAUGAACUCUAAAGGAGAAUACAGAGGUGUGAUCCACUGCCUGAGUGAAACUGCCAAACUGGGACCACUGGCCUUCUACAAGGGUUUAGUUCCCGCCGGGAUCCGCUUGAUUCCUCACACGGUCCUGACCUUCGUCUUCCUGGAGCAGCUGAAGAAAUACUUCGGCAUCCGGGUGGUCAGCUGAACUUUGACCUCUUGACCUUCUCCCUUUGGCCUCCUCUUGAAGCUGCACUCACUUCCACAAUAUUAUUUCUGUGUAGUCUCUCACUACACACAGUGCUGCACACAACACAACAUCACUGUCCGAGUGCCGAACC